UAUGUGUCUGGACGGAAGCCUGGUUACGGGUUAGCUGGGCAGUUCGCAAUUCUGACGUUCGUAUUUCUCGAGGUUUUUUUUGCGCGUUGAUUGAGUGAUUGCACAUCUCCGACCGGAAAUGGAGGACCUUGCAUGAGGCGAUUACGAAUUAGAGCGAUAACACGGGGCAUUAAGGCUGCAAGUCUCGGUGUAGAGAAGUUGAAGGGCAGUGACGAGUGGUCGAGAAGCUUGCAGGUACAUGCAUUCCUGGGGGCGAGGCACUUCCAUAGUCAACGACCUACAGGCAUCGUACGCUGGCCUGCUGGUCAGUAUGGAGAAGUCCAGAGAGAACGCAACGAAAAUCUGGUAAUCGUUGCCCGAAUCUCAACAUCCAGCGGGAACUUGGCACUUGGAAUACGGUCUUGUCUUCGUGCUUGUCACCGGGAACGCUUGGUUGUUUUCUGUCGUAACCCGGGAAUUCUAACUAGUGAGCAGAAAAGACCGUUUGCUAACCCGGGAGCUAACGGUGGUAGAUCUGGGGUUUUGGUUGAUCUGGGGGGGAUCACUAACUACAGCCCUUGCGCGUAUGUACUUACCCGUGGGCUCCACAUUUCUCCACCAUUUCUGCUGUCUCUCUGUAUGUACCUCUGUGGGGCGGACUACAUAGUUCGUAGUGACAGAGCAGAGCUAGACAAAUUGAAUUGGGUGGUGGGGUUUCUUUCCUUUUCUUUUCCUUUUACCUAUUAGGUAAGGGGACGUUGCUCUCCGGUCUCAAGAAAGCCAUGAACGAGAGGUUUGAAUUUGUUCAUGACUGGGAGAUCAGGUCUAGAUAACGAUUCCCUACAAUCUGCAUGAUGUUCAGAAUGGCAAACAUAGACAAAUGAGAUGGAUCAACAGCAAUCACGCCAAUUCGAUCUACAGAUCCUCCCCUUCACCCCCUCUUCAAGACAGACAGAAUAAUGACGAGGCUCUUCCCCAGGAGGGCCCUCAGUGGUGUCAGGACUGGACAUCAACUCACUUCUCAAGCUUCUUAGCAUCAUCCUUCAUCCCCUGCUGAACCCACCUCCUGCUCUCCUCCG